CGGGAGUCUUGGUGUAACGUUGGCAGCAGCAGGUGAAGCGGAAUAGAGAACGCAGCGAGAGGAGCAAGUGAAGGGAUUCCUGCUGUCUCCAGAAUCCUGCUCUGCCCUGAUAAGGGCAGGCUUUUCCGUGAGAGGAUUUCAGUUUGUUGAAAUGAGCAGUCGUAAAUCAAAGAGUAACAACUUAAUACAAGCAGAAUACCUUUCACAGGCACAAAGAAUUUUACGGGAAAGAUUUUGUCAUCAGAGUCCACAUAGUAACCUAUUUGGAGUACAAGUACAAUAUAAACACUUAAUUGAGCUGCUAAAAAGAACUGCUAUUCAUGGAGAAAGUAAUUCUGUUCUCAUUAUUGGACCCCGAGGAUCAGGAAAGACCAUGUUAAUAAACCAUGCUUUGAAAGAACUAAUGGAAGUAGAAGAAGUGAGUGAAAAUGUAUUACAAGUUCACUUAAAUGGACUGCUGCAGAUCAAUGAUAAAAUUGCCUUAAAGGAAAUCACAAGGCAGUUAAAUCUGGAAAAUGUAGUUGGAGAUAAAGUUUUUGGAAGCUUUGCCGAAAACCUUUCAUUUCUUCUGGAAGCUUUAAAAAAAGGUGACCGGACUAGUAGUUGCCCAGUGAUCUUCAUAUUAGAUGAAUUUGAUCUUUUUGCUCAUCAUAAAAACCAAACACUCCUCUAUAAUCUUUUUGACAUUUCUCAGUCUGCACAGACUCCGGUAGCAGUUAUUGGUCUUACAUGUAGAUUGGAUAUUUUGGAACUCUUAGAAAAGAGAGUGAAGUCACGAUUUUCCCACCGGCAGAUACACUUAAUGAAUUCAUUUGGUUUUCCACAGUAUCUUAAAAUAUUUAAAGAACAAUUAUCUCUACCUGCAGUAUUUCCAGGCAAGAUUUUUGCUGAGAAGUGGAAUGAAAAUGUUCAGAGUCUCUCAGAAGAUAGGAAUGUGCGAGACGUGCUGCAGAAGCAUUUCAAUGUCAGCAAAAGCCUGCGGUCAUUACACACGCUACUGAUGCUUGCUUUAAAUCGUGUAACACCAUCACACCCAUUUAUGACUGCAGCAGAUCUGAUGGAGGCAAACCAGCUGUGUAGCAUGGACUCUAAAGCAAAUAUUGUACAUGGUCUGUCAGUCUUGGAAAUCUGUCUUAUCAUAGCAAUGAAACAUUUAAAUGACAUCUAUGAAGAGGAACCCUUUAAUUUUCAAAUGGUUUAUAAUGAGUUUCAGAAGUUUGUUCAAAGGAAGGCCCAUUCUGUUUAUAAUUUUGAGAAACCUGUUGUCAUGAAGGCCUUUGAACAUUUACAACAAUUAGAAUUAAUAAGGCCCAUGGAAAGAACAUCAGUAAAUGCACAGAGGGAGUACCAGCUGAUGAAACUACUUUUGGAUAAUACGCAAAUUAUGAAUGCUUUGCAAAAAUACCCUAACUGUCCUACAGAUGUUAGGCAGUGGGCAACAUCCUCCCUAAGCUGGUUAUGAAUAUAACCAUGGCUUCAGUUGUGGAGUUUCAGGCAUACUUCUCUAAAGAAUGUUGUCCUUCAACAAGAUAUGUUAUUACAUUUUCUUAUAUUUAUAAAAAUGUAUUUUUGUAUUUAUGGGAGACUGUUACACAUGUAGCAUCAUGGCUGUGCCUUGCCUUUGAAUCACGGCACAUGAGCAGUUACAUGAUUUAUAAUUCCAGUAAUUUAGAUUAUGUUGUAGGUAGUUGUUCAAAAAAUAAAUAUGACUAUUUUAGGGAUUGAAUCAUAUGCUUAUUUAACACUUGUGAAGUAUUUAUGUGGUACAUUUGAAGAGUUCAUUUCAACCCAGCAGCCAGAUGUUUUUACAAACCUUAAACAAAGCAGUAAAGAAACAAUGGUAAGAGUUGAGGUGUAAUGAGUAAUCUUUUGGUCCUUUGGGAGGUGCUGCAGUUUUUCUGUAUUCAUGGAAAUUUGGGAUUCUGUCCCAGACCCACGUCUUCUAGUUCAGGAGACUGAUCAGUUUGGCUAGAAGAUGGUUUACACGGAAGAAAAAAGCAAAAGGUUUGACCAUUUUCUUCCAGGCUUCUUAUAAUAUGGUACUCAUACGAUCUACAGAAGAAUCUUUUGUAGCAUGUUUUAAAAUGCAGAUUCUGGGGCCUGUUCUAGGGACUAGCAUUUGUCUUUCUGACACAGGCAGUUUAGGGGAUCCUGUGAACCCACCCCCACAGAUAAUGGAAAGUGUAUGACGGUGCUAACUAAACCUGCUUGUAUCAAAAUGUGGAGCCCUAGGAGGGAGGAACGUGGGAAUGGCAAAGCAUCAGGAAUCCAUGAACUAAUGCUGGUAUAUGUUUAAAAUGAAAUUUAGUAAGCAUUCGUUACGUGUUAGUGACUUCAUUUAUUUAAAAAUAUUUGUCUAUUAUUUUCAUGGAAGGUUUACUAAAGACAGACUCCCUAUCCUUGUGCAGUUUGUAAUCCUUUUAACUGUCAAAGACCUUAUGAUAUUUAGUUACUGUUGUUUACAGGUGAGAAAACUAACACAGUAGUGACCCUGUCCAGAGGAUUGACAGACCCUGGAAUUCAACUCAUUUCGUUGACACCAAAACUCAGUAAUGCGUUCCUUACCAUGUAUUUUUAAAAGUAUACUCUAAAAAACUAUUUACGUGGUUUUUAAGAAGUAUUGCGUUUAGAAUGGAAUAUGAGAUUUCUGUGCAUAAAAAUAGCUCUUUAGUAGUUGCAACCUGUUCUUUGUAUACCGGCAUUCUAAGUUUUCAGAUCACUGUCAUUUACUUUUCAGCAGUGUAUUAUGAAAGCUAAGGCUUGCACCCUGGUUCUAUGCAAUAGUCUACAGAUUUUUAGGAGAUAUUUUGAAAAAAUACUUCCCAUGGUGGCAUCACUAUUACCAGAAGCAAGGAUUUUGCACUUGAGCUAAGAUUGUCCCUUUAAAAAUUCUUCUCAACUGUUUAGAGAAGUACCCUCUGCUUAAAGGUACUGACCAUAAAAGCACCCAAAGAACUGGCUUGAAGAUUGCAAAUUUUUAUCAGCUUAAGAUGCCACUAGAAGUUUGAGAGCCCUCACCUGCCUUACAGAAAAUCCAUCAAUAUCAGUGAAAGAGCUAUGAAACACACUAGAAAAAGUAGGUUAGCAGAAGUCAUACAAAUGAAGCACGUGCCUACAUUUCAAGGGCAUUUUUUUCAGAGGAAUGUUGAUGUACCCCUUUCCACAUUCCCUAAUACAGAGAAGCUAAAUAUACUUAAAAUUUUUUAAACUAACUUCAUCUCUUAAAUUGCUUAAACCAUCAUGAAUAAAAUAAAAACCAAAUCUGAAAAAGCCCUAGUAAAAAGCUUUCGAGAAUAAUGUAAACAAAUACGGCUUAAAGAUAUUUUCAUUUACUAGAGGAGGAAUGUAGCCUGUUAACAGGGCAAUCAAAAGACUGAAAACCAGGUGAGGAGGAAUGUUAGCGCCAUCAGUGCAGUUUUCACUCAUGUGAUUCCCUCCAGGUGCCCUACCAAAAACAGGAUCUUAUUAAGAAAAAAAGUCUUUCCAAUUUUGUGGACAUGCAUGUGAAUGGCUCUGAGGAGAUAAGAGCUGUUGGUCCAAACUUACCACAUCAUAAUGCUAUAUGUGUUGAUUAUAUACUAUUAACUGUCUGAAGAAUCUGUUUUGCAGAACAACGCUGUGGAAACAGUUUCGGUCUUUCUGUAGAGAUUCCUUGCAGAUUCCACCAUGGUUUGCAUUUUCAUUUGGUUUUAGAAGACAACGCAGGUUCUUUCAAACCACCAUAACCUAAGUGUUGCCCUCUCCUUCACCUUUACCCCCCAAAAAUUGAGAAUCCAUGGGUGUGAACUGUGCCGCUCAGUGUGACAAGGUAGGGCUCUUCCACCCCCCCUUUCUUCGAAAGUCACAGGAUAAACAAAAGAAUUUGCAACACUAAAAAUGUAAAUGAAUGCUAGCUUCCUUGGUGAUCUCUCUCACCGAUUACCCUAAGUGAAAAUACCAGAAUUCUUCUGUUCAACUGGUAAACUAGUUACAGUUGGGAAGAGUAGUUUAUGUCUUUGAUGUUUAUUACCUAAGCCACUUUUUUUAAAUCUCCGUAUGAAAAGACAAGGUAACUAAGACCAUUUAGCCUCUCUUAAAAUUGCCAGGACCAACAUAUGUAGUUUAGUGGGAAUACAAUCUGUUUACACAACAAAGGAGGGAAAUGCCACAACUGACAAACCUCCCUCUCACCUAUCCCCAUUCUUGCAAAUCUCAAGGUGUAAGCCUCACUGUAAAUUAUAAAGCUACUGUUCCCCUCUUUAAGAAUGUAUAACUAAAGAAAAACUUCAUAUGCAAAUCACACCAUAUUUAUUUUUUUAUUUAACUUGGGAAUGGAAUGGGGAUAGCAUACAUUUUAUUUGUACAAUAUUUAACAAUCACUUACCCAAGGUGGGGUUUUAUGGGACUUUUUUUUUUCUUUUUUAACUUUUUGUUAAAUACUUGCAGAAAAAAUAGCAAGUACAAUUUGACAGUAGUACAACAACCUGUGCCCAAAACACUGACAAGAAAUACAGAGUAAAGCUAAAAUAACUGUUUACCAAUAUUUUGAGAGGUAACAAAUAGGAUAUGGGUUGAGACUGCAUUAAAAAAUGUACUGCUGGUUGAAUAUCUGAGGUAAAUGAUGUUCAAUCAAGAUGCUACUUGUAUCAUUUUGCCCAUAAAUCAGUAAAUAAUUUUAUGCACAUUAUACCAAAUGUUCCUAAAAAGUAGUAUUUUAAAAAGGUAAAAAAGAGAAACUGGAAAAUAUCCGUGGUGAAGCAUUUUUUUAAAACAGUAAUCAGUUUAUUCCACUAAACUAUCAUCUGGCCAGGAUUUUUCCCCUACCACCUGCAUUUUACUUAAAUGUAGCUGUUACCUAGGAGUGAGGAAAGGGGGAAGAACAGAUUCUUUUUAGUUUCAUGAUAUAUGACUCAUUUUUAAGUUAUAAACUUUUUUUUUUCCUGAUUGUAUUUUCGAAACAUCACCAUGAAGGAUAGUGCAAGUUCAUGGGACCAACAAUUGUGAGGCACAGUCUCUGUUCUGGAAUUCACAAGGUACCUGUAAUAAACAUUCAAACAAGAAUCACACAUCACAUGCUAAAAACUUCCUAGCAUCUAAAAUACAUACAAGAGCUGUGCAGGGCAUAAACUUUGAAUAAAGCCAAACACUGGUUAAUCCAUCAGUCCUAUGGCAGUUGAUCAUAAAGCAUUCCUUACACGGAGAUCUGGGCAAGGUAGAGAGUAUAAGUUAGAGCAGCAGUUCUGAUGGGUGUCAUAAAGGCAAAAUACAAGACGAAUCAUAAGGAGCACCAUACACAUGAGGAAAAAAUUACUGGGGUCUUAGUGUACCCCAAAACAAAUCAUUUUUCUCUUUUUGAUCUUUUUUUCAGUAUCCCUAAGCUCAAAGUUUUUAUUAACUUGCCCACUUACACUGACUGUAAACCAAACAUGAAAAUGCCCUGCAAAAGAAAGUUUUAACAAGACUAGGUAUCAGGACAGGUAGUCACUGGAACAUUCUUAUUUUACUGCUUAUAAAAAGUAUUUUUCUGUCAAUGUAAUUCUCAAAAGGAUACAGGUUUUAAAAUUGGUUAGCUAGAGUUUUAAGUACAAUACCCAGGAUUUCUAAAAAUUUUUUCUAACAUGAAGAGAAAACUUUAUUUUGUGAAUAAGUGGUCUUAUAAAGUUUAUCUCUAAGAUUCACAUAAGCCAAACAUUCAUCAUAAUAUUCCCUUUUGUUUUCUUUUGAUUUGAUUUUUUUUUUUAACUUUUAAAAACAGGAUUGUUCACAACAGGUAGAAAUUAGUCUUCAGGAGAUUAACAAUUUUCAUGUAUGAACAUUCUCAUUUUCCCUUCUUAAUUAGUUUCCAAGUGGAAGCAAAACCAGACCAAGAAAUUGAGAAGCCAAGUACUUUUUGAAAUAAAGGUGAACUCAACAUUGAAAUGGGAAUUCUUAGAAAUACAACAAAGCCUUGGGUACAUUAUGUGACCAAGAGCACAAAGUUCUGUAUGGUGUGUGGCACACAGACAACAAUGCUGUUAUUCUUCUUUCCCUCCCUGCUUAAAGGAGUCUUGUUGACCUAUGUAUUAUUUAUAAAUAAUAUAAUUUAUUAUUCCCAGA